AUGCGCAUCGGCGUGCCCGUCUUCGGCAAAAAGGUCGACAUCGUCGACUACUGCAAAGACAAGCUGCCCAGACUCAACGAGCAGAUCGAGGAGUACCAGUCCACGCUCGCGGGCACACGGCCCAUGAACUCGAUCGCGGUCGAGUUCGAAAACCAGUACUACGCGCAGCUCGCCUACCAGACCACGAUCCACGACCUGCCGUACUUCUUCUCUCCGAAACACACCAACGUCAAUCCAGAGGACAUCUACUGGCCCAACAUGCGGAUAUUCUGGUGGGAGCGGCUCAUGAGAGCCAACGGUGCGGUGACCGCCAUUGUGGCCCUGAUCAUGCUCUGGGCGAUCCCGGUUGCAUUUGUCGGUCUGGUGUCCAACCUCACGUACCUGACCAACAAGAUGCACUGGCUCCGGUUCAUAUACAAGCUGCCGGACCAGCUGCUUGGCCUGGUCACGUCACUGCUGCCGACGGUCAUGCUGGCGGUGUUGAUGAUGCUGCUGCCGAUGUUUAUCCGGAGAAUGGGCCAGAUUUCUGGCUGUCUCACGACCCAAAGCGUUGAGUACUUCACCCAGCAGGCCUACUGCGCGUUCCAGGUCAUCCAGGUGUUCCUUGUCACCACAAUCACGUCCUCCUUUGCCUCCACCGUGACCCAGAUCGCAGAGAGGCCCACCGAGGCGAUGGAGCUGCUCUCGGCCAACCUGCCGAAGUCCUCGAAUUUCUACGUCUCCUACAUGGUGCUGCAGGGCUUUUCCGUUGCCGGCGGCACGCUGUUCCAGGUGGUCAGUCUGAUUCUGUUCUACCUGUUCAGCGCCAUGUUCGACAACACGGCCAGAAAGCUGUGGACCAGAUUCAACGACAUCGGCGGCUACGCAUGGGGAACAACGUUCCCGGUCUACACCAACCUGGCCGUGAUCUUUCUGUCAUACAGCAUGAUCGCCCCUAUGAUCAUGAUCUUCACCUUUGCCGGCUUUUCGCUCAUCUACAUUGCAUUCUUGUACAACGCGACCUACGUCUUUGGCAAAAGCGCGGACGCCCUGGGCAGAUACUAUCCACGGGCGCUUUUCCAGACCCUCGUGGGCGUUUAUCUCGGGGAAGUCUGUCAGCUCGGCAUGUUUGCCGUGUCUAAGACCUGGGGCUGUGUCGUGCUGGAGGCCAUUCUGAUCGGAUUCACCGUUUUUGUCCAUCUUCAUCUCAACAGGGCGUACGACCAUCUGAUGACGGUUGUGCCUAACACGGUGAUGAGGCCGCUCGACGGCGUGAGCGAGACUCUGUCGUGGACUCCGCACGCCCAUGCACAGUUCAAAGGGCAACCUCUGAGCUCGUGCGAUGACCUCAUGUCCGAGGAGAAGAGAGAGUACACAGAUUCCAAGGUGCACGAAUACAAGGCGUCGCGCGUGCCGUUGCUCGUGGAAGGUUACGACUUUGAUGCCGACGGUAGCAAAGUGGGCCUGAUCACCCGAAUCCUGAGACCAGACAAACAUUACACAUUUAAGAGUCUCCAGGCGUACCUGCCUCCUGCCUUCUACGAGUUCCCAAAGGAGGACCCCGAAUGGGUCAAGCAUGCAUACGAUCUGCCAGAUAGAAGCGCGGCGUGUCCGACGCUGUGGAUUCCACGGGAUCCAAUGGGCCUCUCGAGCAAGGAGAUCAAGAACCUGAACGGUGCAAUCAAGGUGAGCGACGAGAACGCUCAUUUCGACGAGAGGGGCAAAAUCGUCUGGACCGGCCCUCCACCAGAGUGA